AUGCACGGGAAGCAGAUGUCAUCCCUGCUGAGUCUCGGCAUCGUGUACGACUUCCCCAGCUUAAACGCCGGCAGAAUCUCGGCUGAGGACCCUGUGUCCAGGAAAGACAGCAAGACGGGCAUCCCGAGACAUGAGGAAGCUGCCAGGGAACUCCCCUGGGGAACUGCGGGCCCAGAGCUCUGCUUUCAGGUACCCCUGAACCCCCUGGGAAUCUGGUUCAAACGCAGGUUCCCAUCCAGCAGGUCUGGGUGGGGCCCGAGUCUGCACUUCCAGCUCCCAGAGGAUGCUGACGCGGCAUCCCACUUGGCCUGGCGAAGGCCAGGACUACAGCGCUGGCAGGCUCUGCGCUCGCUCCUACCUCCCCAGACAAGCCUGAUUCCAGCUCAUCAUCCCCAGGAGAACAUCCCUUACACGGACUUCCAGGGGGCUCCGGCCACCGCUUACCUCCCCAGACCUGGAGCUAGUCCACGCCUUGCAAGUUUCAUCAGAGGCCCUCGGGGAAUCCAGACCCUUCUAGAAAAAUCACAGAUCCCCAUGUCUGUACCCCCGGCCUUUCCAUCCGUCCCGCCCAGGGCACCCCGGCGGGGACCUCCUCCGAAAGCCCUCAUUCUGAAGGUGAAGUCCACCCAGUGGGCACCCCUGCUCCCCGUGGCCCCGAGGUUGCCGGGCACCCGCGAAGCGGGGGCAGGGGAGGGGUUCUCACCCGGAACAGAAAACAAGAGUGAAUUCUGGAAUCUUGUGUACAUCGUGCUAACGCCGCAUGUGGCCCCGAUCAAGCCGGGCGCAAGAGCCUGGGCAGCUGAGGGCUUCACGGAAACAAAGAUCCAGUCAGAGAAAACCAAACAGCAGCAAGUCAGAGACUGGCCGCCGGGCCCGCCGCCCCCCCAGCUCGGAAGCCGCCCGGAGAUGCUUCCUGGAGACCGACCUGGAGAGGGAGCCUCCAGCAGGACGGACGCGGUGCGGGAGCUGACACCUGGGGACGGCUUCCUGGAAAGGCUGGGGCACGGACAAGGGGGAGGAUGCCACACACACCGCCCCGCGCCGCCCCCCCAUGUCAAGGCACGCCAGUUCUGCAACUCCUAG